GGCAGUCAAUCAACAGACGCUCGAGCUCCUGCAGGUGCACCACCAAGACAGCAAAGGAGCAGUGAGAUAAAACGGAUAUUUCACGAAGAUGGCGUCAGCAACAGCCUCUUACGGGCAGAAGGAGUCGUCAGACCAGAACUUUGACUACAUGUUCAAGAUCCUCAUCAUUGGCAACAGCAGCGUCGGCAAGACCAGCUUCCUUUUCCGCUACGCUGACGACUCGUUCACGCCGGCCUUUGUCAGCACGGUGGGAAUAGACUUCAAGGUGAAGACCAUCUACAGGAACGACAAGAGGAUCAAGCUGCAGAUCUGGGACACAGCAGGGCAAGAGAGAUACAGGACCAUCACCACAGCCUACUACAGAGGAGCCAUGGGCUUCAUUCUCAUGUACGACAUCACCAACGAAGACUCCUUCAACGCUGUGCAGGACUGGGCCACCCAGAUCAAGACGUACUCCUGGGACAACGCCCAGGUGCUGCUGGUGGGGAACAAGUGUGACAUGGAGGACGAGAGGGUGGUGGCUGCAGAGAGAGGGAGGCAGCUGUCUGACCAGUUAGGGUUUGAGUACUUUGAGACAAGUGCGAAGGACAACAUUAACGUGAAGCAGACGUUCGAGCGUUUGGUGGACGUGAUCUGUGAGAGGAUGUCUGAGAGUCUGGACAACGCUGACCCCACCCUGACCGGGGCCAAGCAAGGGCCCCAGCUCACUGAGCAGCCUCAGAGGGCCCACCAGGACUGUGCCUGCUGAACACACACACACAGCCCUACACACAGAGCCCAACACACACACACACACAGAGCCCAACACACACAGCCC